AAACUAUCUCGGCAUCGGGAUAAGGCAAUCUAGUUCUACCGAAUUUUACCUCACUGUUGCACGAUCUCCACCAAUCGGUAAGCCGCAUCAGCGAGCCGUAAACGCUUAAGCAUUCGUAACUUCUUUCACUGCUAAGCGAGAGGGGUGUUGUACAGAUGGGCCAGGACCGACUCGACAGCGGCAGCACUGAUUCGCAGCUAUAAAAUCUGGUCAGUGCAUGUAUGGAUACAAACCUAGUUCUUUCAGCAUGUCAAUUUCUAUGUUCAACACUCUCCCUUCCUGGAUCGCGCAUCUAGUGUCAGGUCUAGGAGCACAGUUGACCAUGGACCAACACAAUAUGGUUGCUUCUGAUCGUCCCAUUGCUGGGGGAUCUGUGACUGUCAAUGCCUGCGAUGGAUGUGAUCAACUUCUGAAGAAAAUCUUCAUACCUGACCUACUCGCAAGAUGGCCAUUUCCCCGUCUUCUCAAUCAGCACUAUUCUGAAGUUGAUGCUGAAUCAUCUGCUUGGCUUGAAAGCUUUAAAGUCCUCAGCCCCAAAGCCCAACAAGCCUUCGAUGGAUACAAAUGCAGUCUUCUUGCAUGUUUAUGCUACCCAAACGCGUCCAAAGAACACGUUCGCAGCGCUUGUGAUCUCAUGAUUAUUUUCGGUUUUGUAGAUGAUAACUCAGAUGGCUUGGAAGAGGUCGAGGUCCGUCAACAAAAGGACAUCAUAAUGAAUGCUCUGCACCACCCUUAUAAGCCACGUCCCAAAGGGGAAUGGGUCGGCGGAGAAAUCGUUCGCCAAUUCUGGGAACGUACUAUAUGUAACGCUAGUGCUCAAUCCCAGAAGCGAUUCAUCGCGACAUUCGGUGAAUUUAUAGAGGGCAUAGUGCAGCAGGCCAUGGACCGAAGCGGACAUCACAUUCGUGACAUCCAAAGUUAUUUCGACGUGCGCCGCAAAACGGUCGCAGCAGGGCCUUCGUUCGUCUUCUUGGAGCUGGGUCUCGAUAUCCCAGAUGAAGUAAUUUCGCACCCGACAAUUGAGGAUAUGGUAGUGGCAUCAACAGACAUGAUCGCUCUCGCUAAUGACGUCACAUCCUACAAUAAAGAGCAAGCGUGCGGAGAUGACAGUCACAACAUAGUAACAAUUGUCAUGCGCGAGUUUGAUACGGAUGUCAACGGCGCCAUGUUAUGGGCGACGGAGCACCAUACAAAACUCGAGAAGAAGUACUUCGAGGCCAGGGCAGCCAUUCCGAAAUGGGGAGAGCCCAUCGAUUCGCAGGUUAGGGAGUACUGUGAUGGUUUGGGAAAUUGUGUACGCGCCAACGGUGAAUGGGCCUUCGAGUGCGAGAGGUACUUUGGUACCAACGGUCUGGAAGUUCAACGGAAAAAGUGGAUGUUGCUGACGCCGAAAGACCACUAGCGACAAAAGGAAAGGUCAUGGAGAGAUUGGACCUAUACUUCAAUUGGUGUGACCCAUCGAAUGACUCGUUUCUUAAUAGAUUCCGACUAUAUGUUAGUACGUUCUCAGCCGUCGACUCGGACAAUCGUAUUAUGCACCACUUCUCGUUUGCUUUUCUCUAUAUCGUAUCAUUUCACACUUUCACGCUGUUGUGUUGACCCAUAUCCUGUAGACUGAUUAUCGCUACCUCCCAUUCAUGUUUUAUUGUGCGGAUAUCUCCUUUAUCCCGCAUGUACUCCGAC